AUGCUUAAGCUGGGAUGGGUGUCCUCUUUUAUAGGCCUUGGGAGGUGUGCAAUUUGUUUAGAGUUUCGAUGUGGGACUCUGGGCGUCAAUCGUGGGGCUGCCACGUGCCAGAGUGGGCAAGGUUGCCCAAAUGUUGUGAUCGGUAGGUCCGGUACCGAAGCGGUGGCAAGAUCCUUUCUUCAGGUGGCAGCGACAGAGAAGGUUGCUUCCCCUCUCAGAGUUGUUCAGAUCGAAGGAUUGACUAUAACUAUGGACACGAUCCUCCCAGCCCGCCUAGAUCCGCCUAGGCCGCCUAGGUGCCGCCUUGAUUCUUCCAGGCCGCCUAGGUGCCGCCUAGACCCUUCCAGGCCGCCUAACUCCCUGGCGUUGGUGUCCUCCCGCCUAGUGCCUAGGCCGAUUUUUCGAACACUGCUCGAAACCUGGAACGGGCUUGCUCUGUGCCCUAGACGUUCGUAG